UUGGCAACUACUGCUUUAGUGCACACCCGUGUUCGCAGCACGUGCAAUUGUUUUGUUUUUGAAUACUACGAUGGAUCAAGAUAUGCCUGAGCUUGUUGAUGAGGAGCACAAAAAUGUUUGUACCAAUGGAGAUAGUUGUAGCGAUGAUGACGAUUUCAGCGAAGCUGAUAUGGAGAUGGAAGCAGUCGUCUGUUUAUUUUGUGAACAGCAAUUAAAUUGUGUAGAAAUAGGCUUGGAACAUUUAAAGAAAGAUCACGGCAUUGAUUUCCAAAAAUUAAAAAGUAAAUUCCAUAUGGAUCAGUAUGCGUUUAUUAAGUUGAUAAACUGUAUACGUUGCGAGAAUGUACCGGCAAAACAAAUUCUAGCAGCCGAUAUAGCAUUUUGGAAUGAUGAAAAAUAUUUAAAACCUCAAGAGUACGAAGCUUGGCUAAGUUAUGAUUAUGAUGACAUGCCUGAGGUGUCUGUGAUAGGUAACGAGAGCGCUACCGCAAACGAAAAAAAUUUAUUAUCAACAAUAAAAUCUUUACAAGAAAAGGUUAAAGAACAAGACAUUUUGCUCGAACAAGCAAGAGAGGACAUGGCAAAAAUGCGUGUAAGUUUUCAACGACUACUAGAUAAGGAAACAGCACCAACAACGAAUGAGCGAAAUAGAAAAUUAAAAUCACCCAAUUCAGUUGCAGGCGUUUCAUUGGAAGCUGAUAACAGUUAUUUCAGUAGCUACGCACAUUUCGGCAUACACCAUGAAAUGUUGUCCGAUGUAGUUCGCACGACAAGUUAUCGCGAUGCAUUAUUAUUGAAUAAAGAAUUUGUUAAUGGCAAGGAUGUGCUUGAUGUUGGCUGCGGCACCUCAGUACUCUCAAUUUUCGCAUCGCAGGCCGGAGCAAAAUGUGUCGUUGGUAUAGAUAACUCCGAUAUUAUAUAUAGUGCAAUGGAUAUUGUGAAGCGAAAUAAUAUUAACAACGUUACAUUGGUUAAGGGACGCUUGGAGGACACAAAUCUACCACAGGAAAAAUUCGACAUUAUAAUAUCAGAGUGGAUGGGAUAUUUCCUGCUAUUUGAAGGAAUGUUGGACAGUGUAAUUUAUGCGCGUGAUACACACCUAAAACCGGGAGGUAUACUGCUUCCAAAUCGUUGUACAAUGAGCAUUGCUGGCUAUGGCAGUGAGUCGCUCUACAAAGAUCACGUGACAUAUUGGGACGAUGUGUACGGUCUAAAUAUGUCAAAUAUGCGCAAAGAGGUACUACAUGAACCACUCAUCGAUGUGGUGGAUGCCGAACAUAUUCUCACUGAACCAAAUAUGGUAGCUGACUUGAAUCUACUGAAAGUCGAUUUGAAUUAUUCAAACUUCACCUAUUCGUUCAAUCUCAAAUGUAUCAAGGGUGGCGAAUUAUCUGCGUUUGUGGGCUACUUUGACACCUAUUUCGACCUUCCGGUGCCGGUGAUGUUUAGCACCUCAGCGGAAAGUAAACCCACGCAUUGGAAACAAGUUGUAUUCUUUCUAGAGAAAACGCAAAAAAUAGCAGUUGGAGAUAUUGUCAAAGGCAACAUUGUGUGUCGCCGAAGUCGGAAUAGCGCUCGUUCACUAGACAUAACAAUUGAAGCAUUUGGAAAUAAAUGCACUUACUAUUUAGAUUAAUUUCUUAAGCAAGAAUGUUGAAAACAUCUGUAUAUUUCCCAAUUAAAAAAAAAAUAAAUUUUUGAAUGACAUCUGAAA